CUCCGCGCGGCCUGUGGAGCACUCAGAUCCCUCCAGGCCAGCUCUCCGACAUGCAAGAGGUGGCCCUGAGCCUGCUCGUCCUUCUGGCAGGCCUGCCUGCCUUGGAUGCCAACGACCCGGAAGAUAAAAACAGUCCUUUCUACUAUGACUGGUUCAGCCUCCGUGUCGGCGGGCUCAUCAUCGCAGCGGUUCUGUGCGCCAUCGGCAUCAUCGUCCUCAUGAGUGGGAAAUGCAAAUGCAAGUUCAGCCAGAAGCGCUGCCACCAUCCAGGGGAUGCCCCACCUCUCAUCACUUCAGGCUCUGCCCAUAAGUGUUGAGGAUGGAUCAGCUGAAAGAGCACCGAGGGCCACUCUUUCCCCAAGUCCUGGCUCUGCACAGGAGCCUGAACUCCAGGAUGGAAUUCUCAGACCGCCUGGCCAGGGCUCCAUCUCAUCUCUCACUGGAGGGGUUCUUU